AUGGCCCGGAAGGCGGCAGAGGUGACCCUGUGCAUAUCUGAGAGACUGAGACUCUCCUCAGGCCACCACACUUAUGGCUCAGCGGCUCGGCCCCUCAGGCCUCCGAUCAAAGAUGGCGUCGUCCUCAAGUACAUCCACUUCCACCACUUCCACCACAUCCAGUGCCGUGCCGUCUAAAACAAGUAUGCGGGCUAUAACUUUCUGACCCGGAUUUAGAACCCAGAAACGGUUGAUUUUGUAAUCAUUUGUUAAUCAUUUGGCUUUUCGAGGUGCGCACAUGCCUAUUUGCGAUGCUAAAGACUGUAAGACUGGAAGGUGGACUAUAUGACUGUUCAUUAAAGUCAAAAUUGAUAGAGUUAAGCUACUGAUAAUCUUCAUUUUCCUUUAAAUCAAUGUAAAAUCUAAGCAUAAUUUCGGUGACAGAGAGCAUAAUUUUCAGAAAGUAGCAUGAUUUUGGUAUAAUUUCUAAAAAAAAUAUGAGCACUGCUAAAAGCAUAAUAUCCCUUUUUUUCGAGCACAAUCUACCAAAGCCUAUCCGCCAAUAAAGAGAAUUAUUGUAACGUUUACGGCAAACUUUAGUUGAGAAUUUCUCAAAAUAGAAAAUACGGAGAUAAAAACAGUCCAACACGAUUGUUACAGACAAAACUAACAUGAAGGUAGAAGCGAUGAACACAAAACCCUGAUUUACUUGCAACUGGUCACGUGGUACAAUUGACGUUUGCCGUUUGCGGUAAACGUCACUCUAAAUCUCUCCAAUGUUUGUAACCUGCGAUCAGACACUGUUCCAAUCUACCACUUAACAACUGUUAUUAUCACUACACGCGGCCAAAUGACAAACUGCCCUCUCUAAAUGGAAUUUGCAGCCCGCAGCAUGAUUUCAUGUUAAGCAAUCUGUCCUUAUGAAAUAAAUUUGUGCGCUUUGGCCUUGUGUACUCAUAAUAAUGAUAAUCACAUGACUACCUUUUGUCGGGCAUGUAGUUUAUUUCUGUCCCUCUCAUAUAAUUUUCACCCUCGCUCCACAAAUAAUCUAUAUGCCCCCCAAAAGUCAUGUGAUUGUCCCCCCUGGAUUGUCCAGUAUUCGACGUUGCUUGCGUUUAAUUCGCGCGAGGAAGAAGAAAGAUAACCCUUCCUUCUCCCUUCCUCGCGCGCCUUCAAUGUUCUUAAAUUCCCGCCGUCUCGUACGUUUCGUAGGUCAAAUGAACACCUACUUUUAGACUGCGAGCAGAUUCUUCAUGCAGACUUCUUUAAUUUACAGCUAGAGGGCACGCCUUCGCUCGAGGUGAAGCCGUGAGAACAGAGGGCGUAAACCCAAUUGCUUUUUGUUUAAAGGGCUACGUCGAAGUGAGUUUCACAUUUUGGGGGUAAGGGAAAGCUUAUAUUUUCCCCUUUUAAAAUUGGCCAAACGUCAGAGAGGCCCUUUAGGGUAAAAUGUCUUCAUUUAACUAGUAUUGUCGCCGAUCGUAGGAACGAGAAAGGGGCACCCUUUUUGUCAGUAGGAGGUACACGAAAGGGGUACUUUUUCUGUCAAACUAAAAGUGUAAGGGUCGGUUAUUUAAACGAAGACUGACUUAGGCCGCCGUUUAGGAAAUCGCUGGACCUUUCUGGACCUUUCUUAAUGGGUUAAUUUAGGAAAAUAAUGCUUUUCCAUAUAUGCUUUAUUCAAAUUGUUCACAGAAAAAUGGUGUUUAUAUAAAAGCGUUGGGCAAACGGAAAAUGGCUAGCGCUUAGAACCCGAUUUUGUUAGACACGGGCUAAACUCCGUUUAAAUAACUGGCCAUAUAGGUUUGGACCCCUUCGUUAAGUAACCCCCUCCGGGAUGAUACAAGACAAUGCUUGAUGUCCAUAAUUAGCUUAAUCUAGUCAAGACGGGCGCAAGAGAAGAGAAAAAAAUAUUACAGAAAGAAAAGCAUAAUAAAAGAAAACAAACCUACCGUAUUUUAGUUGGCGGUAUCAAUACUUUUGCUAAUUAAGCAUUGACGUUAUUGAUAAAAGCGUGACAAAAAGAGUAAUUGACAUUAGUGAUUGAUCCGUACUAUAGCUUUGAAAAAUGUAGUUUUCUAUUAAAUUUUUAUACAUCAAUAAACUAUCUUCGUUCUCUAAGAUCUGGAAAAAGGGAUUUUCUUCAAUUUAGUUUUAAACGGAUUUUUAUCAAGUAUUUGAUGGAAAGUGGGAUACAGUUUGAAAUUAAGGUGGCUCGAUGGGAUUUUUUGGGGAUCAAUGCACCCCAAGUUUGAACAUAAACUACGUCGCCAUUAACAGACUUUGAAAUUACCACCACAGCUGUAUUAGGUAAAGAUGAAAAUUUGUUAUGAUCAGGGUUACAACGACAUCGGAGUUGUCAUAGCAACGAAAUGACGCCGUUACCUAUUUUACUUGCAGCCUUAUUUCUUGGUGCUGGGAACUGUUCUUCCACAAUCGUUCACGGGAGCUUUUUCCUCCAAUAGCCGCCUCGGCGUUCGUCAGUCAUGGGAGUUGAAGACUGUUCCAUCGAGUAGAAUCGCACGUGAAAACCUCGUGAAUUAUGAUGAUGCAACCAUCUACAGUGGAACCUCGAUAUAA